UUCCGCGGUCCUUUCCGGUUAGCUACAGCAGCGUUUCAUGUGCAACCACCCUCAGCUAACUCCUCUUGGUUAUAUUUACCCAUUUAAUAGUUUCUACUUGAGCGAAUACAAACAUGGCAGAAGCCAUUCAAAAGAAACUAAAGGCGGAAUUAGAAAAAUAUACACAAAUGCAGAAAGAUGUUAGCAAGAGCAUGGGCGCGAGACAGAAGCUGGAGACGCAGCUGACAGAGAACAACAUUGUUAAAGAGGAGCUGGAUAUUCUGGACAGUGCAAACACAGUUUAUAAACUUAUUGGUCCUGUAUUAGUGAAGCAAGAUCCAGAUGAGGCCAAAGCCACAGUUGCCAAAAGACUGGAGUAUAUUAACGGAGAAAUUCACAGGUAUGAGACACUCCUGAAAGACUUGGAGAAGAAAUCUGAACAACAGCGAGAACUCUUGUCCAGUUUACAGCAGGAGUUUCAGAAAGCUCAGGGCAUUGCUGCCGGCAAAGCCUGACCGAGUGAUGAAGCUGCACACAUGCUCCCACACUGCAGAAAGUAGAAGAGAAUAGUCAGACUUUUAGUGUAAAUCUACUUCAUCGGGUUGAGUGAAUUCUGCUUCUAUCCUGUCAUUGCUUUGCAGUUUACUGUGACCUUUCUCUUGUUAUUAAUUAAAAAAUGUUUUUCAUUAAAGGUCAAAAGUUUUCUUUUA